UCUGCUCACACUAUACUAUACCAUUCAGCGCAAUCCCCUCGAUCAUCUUUUGUAAAUCUUGGAAUAGGUGAAACACGCAACGGCAAUAGCCUUCUUACAUCCAACCCGCCAAAAAAAUAUAUAAAUCAAAAGAGGCGUUUAGGGUACUUUUCAGGUUGUCCGUGGUUCAACGGCGGGAAACAAACUGAGAGGAAGGCAACAACCAGGUUGUACCCCUCAUCCCACCCGGACCCCAGCUUUGCCCGGCCGCUGCUUGCUGCACCCUGGGUGGCAUCCAUUCACUGCUGGUGAACCACUCGCCGCCCGCUGUUCAGUGCUGGUGCAUGCUGGCUGCCACUUCAGUCCACCGCGGACCUAAAACUAACUGGAAGUCGCCUCCUUCAACUCCUCGGCCGGCCGCCCAACUCCCUCCUCCUUCAGCCCUACAUUUUGGCUCGCAACCUUACAUUGCUCGCUCUUCCUCCUGGACAAACCGCCUUCCUUCCCUCAAACUCGACUAUUUGGCCCAUCUUGUCCCUUUUGCGACAACAUUCAUCGCACAAGUCCGGCGACCGACUAUAGGGAUUCUAUACUAACGAACCCUGCCCAACACCUCCCACCUUGUCACUUAUCUGGAGACUCUCUCGGACUGCUCAGUCUCUUGUUUGCUGCCGCCAUUGCUAGUUAUUAUCUGUGAUUACCAGAGACAUGGAAAGCAACAAUGGUACCGGCGCGCCCGGCGCCUUCCACACCCAGCAGGUUGACAAUGCCAUUCGCGCCAUCCAGCACAAGAGGCCAUUGCCCGAGAUCGACUUCACCAUUCACACCAUGGAGGAUGGCUCCCAAGUGAGCACCAUGGAGCGUGUCUGCAAAGAUGUUCAGGCGCCUGCCAUGUUCAAGCCCAGCGACGAGCAAUUUUUCGAGGACGAAACCCACACCAAGCCCGACAUCCAGUUUUUGAAGCAACAUUUUUACCGCGAGGGCCGUUUGACCGAGGAGCAAGCACUAUGGAUCAUCAGGGAGGGUACCAAGCUUCUGCGCGCCGAGCCCAACCUGCUGGAGAUGGACGCUCCCAUUACCGUUUGCGGUGAUGUCCACGGCCAAUACUACGAUUUGAUGAAGCUCUUCGAGGUCGGUGGUGACCCGGCCGAGACCAGGUAUCUCUUCCUGGGCGACUACGUUGAUCGUGGUUACUUCAGUAUCGAGUGUGUCUUGUAUCUCUGGGCGCUCAAGAUCCACUACCCCAAGACACUCUGGCUGCUGCGCGGAAACCACGAGUGCCGGCAUUUGACCGACUACUUCACCUUCAAGCUCGAGUGCAAGCACAAGUACUCGGAGGCCAUCUACGAGGCAUGCAUGGAGUCGUUCUGUUGUCUGCCGCUGGCGGCAGUCAUGAACAAGCAGUUCCUCUGCAUUCACGGCGGUUUGAGCCCUGAGCUCCACACUCUCGACGACAUCAGAAACAUUGACCGUUUCCGCGAGCCCCCCACACAAGGUCUCAUGUGCGACAUCCUGUGGGCCGAUCCCCUAGAGGACUUUGGCCAAGAGAAGACGACUGACUUCUUCGUACACAACCAUGUACGAGGUUGCUCUUAUUUCUUCUCCUAUUCUGCUGCUUGUCAUUUCUUGGAGAAGAACAACCUUCUCUCCAUCAUUCGCGCGCACGAGGCUCAGGAUGCAGGCUACCGUAUGUACCGUAAGACCAGGACAACCGGAUUCCCCAGUGUCAUGACCAUUUUCUCCGCGCCCAACUAUCUCGACGUUUACAACAACAAGGCCGCGGUGUUGAAGUACGAAAACAAUGUCAUGAACAUCCGUCAGUUCAACUGCACGCCUCAUCCCUAUUGGCUCCCAAACUUUAUGGACGUUUUCACCUGGUCGCUUCCCUUCGUCGGCGAGAAGAUUACCGAUAUGCUCAUCGCCAUUCUCAGCACCUGCUCGGAGGAGGAACUCAGGGAGGAUUCCGCGACAACUUCACCCGGUUCAGCCUCCCCGGCCCUCCCGUCUGCGGCUAAUCAAGAUCCUGACUCUAUUGAGUUCAAGAGACGGGCGAUCAAGAACAAGAUCCUUGCUAUCGGUCGUCUGUCCCGUGUCUUCCAGGUCCUCAGAGAGGAGUCCGAGCGGGUUACGGAACUCAAGACCGUUUCUGGAGGCCGUCUUCCCGCCGGUACCCUUAUGUUGGGUGCCGAGGGUAUUAAGAACGCCAUCAGCAGUUUUGAGGAUGCUAGAAAGGUUGAUUUGCAGAACGAGAGGCUUCCGCCGAGCCACGACGAGGUUGUUAAGAUGCAGGACGAGGAGCGCGCCCAGGCUUUGGAGCGGGCGACAAGAGAGGCUGACAACGAUAAGAAGUUGCAGACCCUCUCCAGGAGGCUCAGCACUGACCGCAAGCGAUCGUAAUCACUACGCCAAUCGAUGCAAAGGAUGCUAAUUUUUUCUGGUUUUAUGAGGGUGUAGUUCUUAAAAUGGCGUCAGGAUACGGAACUACGUCAGGGAAUCGAGCGAAGGUUUCAUGGGAGUUUUGUGGGAGUAAAGGAAAGAGGGACACGGCGUGACUGAACGAAGACGUGUUAUUGAACGGUGUCACAUUCAGGGCUUGACUGAUUGUAGCCAUCUACUUUCUUCCCUGCAUGUUGGCGGGGAAUGGAAAUACGAAUGAGUAUCAAAUGGAUGCUCUCCUCUCUACUGAGAAGGAUUUUGCUAGUGCGUUUAGCGAGUUUACAUACCUCAGCGACUGACUAGAUACUUAUUUACGUACUGGUAAAUGGUGAACAUGGUCUCAAGAUGAAUGCUUCCUUUAGUCAUCUGGUAGCCUCCCAGGAAGAUAUAGUUCAAAGUAGCUGUAAAAGGAGUACAGCUAAGUCAUGAUUAUUCCUAUGACUUGCUUCACAACCAAAUAGUCGAGCAAGACGAUUACGAGUGUUUCGCAUUCUUAGAUUAUGCCGUUAUACCCAGAGCAGAACAUUAUCCCAAUCCUUU